AUGAUGACUAAGUCUGAGGAGGAAGAGCAAAAUAUGCUCAAUGAUCAAACUGAAGCUUUAAACUUGCUGCAAACAGAUGAAGAGCAUGGAGGUGAAGAAUCCGGACCAGAGGAAGAAGACAAUGGUGCCGUGGAGUACCCUGGGACUGUGUUGCAGGACCCACAUCCACAGAGCAUUGAAAACGACGCUGAUUUGGCCGCUGAGUACCCUUCAGACUCCGAGUAUUUGGACUUGAUACAUCUCAAGAUUACCAGUUUGGAAGACUUAAACUUGAGCAGGUUCAAGAAGUUGGAGUCGCUUUGCUUGCGCCAGAAUCUUAUCACGUCAAUUGGCGCAGUUGCAGAUUUGCCGGUGGAGACGAUGGAAGAGUUGGAUUUUUACGACAACAGAAUUAAUCACAUCAGCAGUAAAGUUAAUCAGCUCGUGAACUUGAAAAACUUGGACUUCUCCUUCAAUAAUAUCAAGAACAUCAAAAACAUCGAUAAACUUGUGAAUCUUGAAAACUUGUACUUUGUGCAAAAUAAGAUUAGAGAAAUCAAGGGCAUCGAAACUUUGCAGAAGUUACGCAAUUUGGAGCUUGGAGGUAACAAGAUUGAGGAAAUCAAUGAGGUGCUUCUAAAAUUGCCCUCAAUUGAGCAGUUGUGGUUGGGCAAGAAUAGAAUUGCUAAGUUCCAGAACUUGGAUAACCUUGUGAACCUACGAGUUCUUUCAAUCCAAUCAAAUAGAAUCACUAAGUUGGAAGGGUUGGACAAAUUGGUCAACUUAGAGGAGCUUUACGUAUCACAUAAUGGCAUUGAGAAGAUCGAGAACUUGGACAAAAACACGAAUUUGACUGUUUUGGACGUGACAUCGAACAGGAUCGAAAAGCUAGAAAACUUGUCUCAUCUCAAGAAACUCACGGAUUUCUGGUGCUCUUACAACAAAAUCAGCUCAUUCGAAGAGGUCCACAAGGAGUUAGGGGGCUUGCCCGAGCUCGAUACAGUCUACUUCGAGGGAAACCCUUUGCAUACAAGCAAUCCUACAGCCUAUAGGAGAAAGCUCCGUCUCAAUUUGGGAAGCAGCAUCACCAAGAUCGAUGCCACUUACGUCAAAGGGUGA